GACGUCCAGGGGCUGGCCGGGCUGCUUCAGGGGCUAGAAUGGGGGACGGGAGGAGCCAGUAGGUGCCUGAUUAGCGUGGCCAGAAUCAAGCUGCUCCAUCCCUCCACUUCGUCCUCCCUGUGUCCCCUGGAGUGUCCUGGACCCGAAUUCAGGAUGCAGGGAUUCCAAUCUGAAACCUCGGGGGCGUUGAUGUUUUCCAGAGGAGUUCAGUAGAGGACGAACAAUCAUCGUGUAUUAUUUGCCACCCCAAAUUCCUCUUCGGAUUUGCGCCCUUCGUGCUGUGGACAGUCAGGACAGUCAACCUCCUCUUGCCGUCCAGCCCUCCGCCAAGAUGUCGUCCACCGGGAAGGUGAGCCAGGUCCAGACCGGCAAAGUCUACCAACAGAUCUUCCAGGCUCAGGUGCAGCUGGUCCACUCCCUGGCGGCCUCCAGGAAGGGGGCUAGGGCAUAUUCUGCCACCCCAAAGGGUGGCAAGAUGCCCCUGAUGAAGACGACGGAGAUUCCUGUGGGAGAGAUGAUGUCUCUUCGGCAGCAGAAGUGGGUACACAGCCUCCCCAAUGACUGGACCACGGAAAACCCUGUUCUCUACAAGGAAAAGGAAACAGCCAAGAGGGAAAAAUCCCAAGAGAGCGAGAGCACCAUCGCUGCCCGAGAAGUGCGAGGCCUCACAGACACCAUCGGGCCUGUGGGAAGGGGCAAGGGGCUGACCACAGCCAGCGCUUACUGGUGGGAAAGCAGGGGCUAA